CAUAAAUGAACGUAAUGUUUUGUUUCGUUUUUCCUUCUAUGUCUGUCCUGUUGUCAGACUUGUCAGUUUCAGAUGAAUUAUUAGCUACGUGAACGUAGUUUGUAUGUCUUCUUGUGGUUUUAGAUAGCGUGGCUAAUCAAGGCAUCAAAAGAAAAAUGAGUAGCUCCGAGGAGGUAUCAUGGAUUACAUGGUUUUGUGGACUGAGGGGAAAUGAGUUCUUCUGUGAGGUGGAUGAGGACUACAUAAAUGAUAAAUUCAAUUUGACUGGUCUAAAUGAGCAGGUGCCACACUACCGACAGGCACUCGACAUGAUCCUAGACUUAGAACCUGAUGAUGAUGAUGACAAUCCCAACCAGUCAGACCUCGUGGAGCAGGCGUCGGAGAUCCUGUACGGGCUCAUCCACGCCCGGUACAUCCUCACCAACAGAGGUAUUGCUCAGAUGCUGGAGAAAUUCCAGUCUGGUGACUUUGGCCACUGCCCACGAGUCUAUUGCGAAUGUCAGCCCAUGCUGCCUCUUGGUCUGUCGGACGUGCCCGGCGAAGCCAUGGUGAAGCUGUACUGCCCCAAGUGCAUGGACGUGUACACGCCCAAGUCGUCGCGCCACCACCACACGGACGGCGCGUACUUCGGCACCGGGUUCCCGCACAUGGUGUUCAUGGUGCACCCCGAGUACCGGCCGAAGAGGGCCUCGUCGCAGUUCGUGCCGAGACUAUACGGCUUCAAGAUCCACCCGCUCGCGUACCAGAUCCAGCAGCAGGCGGCCGCCAACUUCAAGGCGCCCCUCCGCGGCCUCACAUACAACAACGAAACGAAGACUACAAGUAACAUUCCAAAAUGAGAUAAAAUAGUGGUGCGCGCCCGCCGCCGGCGCGCCGCCCGCCCCCGCCACCUCCCUAGACAAUGUUUACCACACCUACUACUAUCUCCCAAUACCUGAUAAGUAUAAUUAAAUAUAUUUGCUAACAUAAAACCACAAUGAUAUGUUUUAACAUCAAAUAAAGUUUAUUUUUAUGUUUU